GUCGCGCAGUUUCGUUUGGCCAUUCGUGCUAUAUAGUCGAAGUUGAGCUUUUUGGUACGCAUAGAGACUCGAGAGUGUCAUUUAUUGGACGAGUGAAUCGUGAUCGCGGGUGAAGUAGCUUCGUUUUUUAACGAAUCGAGUAGGUGGAGGACGAUUUCGAUCGAGCUGCAAAGAAGAGCAGUAGCAACAAAGAACGUCAACAGUCCAAAACAAGCGUCAACAUGUACGUAGCAAUCGUCGCUCUGCUGCUUAUCUGUCAAGCGUGCGCAGGCCUCGCCGACACCACGACGGAGCCGAGUCUACUACCCAUACCCUCGCACCACUGGAAAUCGAAGCUGCACAACUGGAUGGAGGCGGCGGAGCGGGUGAUCGCCGAGGCGCAGCAGUCCCAGACGACCGACGACUUUCACCGGGUCGUCGCCGAGGCGCGCCAGCUGCGCAAAAAGUUCUACCUCGGGGUGCUGAACGCCCAGGAGCCGCUCGACGAGGGCCGCAAGCUCGAGCUGCGUCGCAACUACCUCGAGACCGCCGACGAGUUUCGCAUGGCCUGGCUGGCUCACAUCAAUGCCAUCGGCGACAGGGCCAAGAGGCUCUACGGCAACAUGAGGCAGUACAGCAUCGUAAGGUCGAAGGACCCGAUGAGGAAGCUCAAGGCCAUCGACGUGGCGCUGGCCCUCAAGGCCAUCGUGCAGAGGCUCGAGUACGAGUACGAGUACAUACAGAGCCAGAUGGCCGAGGACGAGGACGCCGUGCAGUACCAUCUCGAUAAAUAAAUGAGAAAAAAAUAUCAAACGACACUUUUGUAAAUAAUGAUAAUAUUUUUUUUUUUUCGUAAAUAAAAACUAUACAAAGCGACGAUUAUUCUGCACUCGCGAGCACUCGAUUACCCAUAUACAUCAAACCUAUAAUAUAUAAUCGCGUCGAUCAUCGUCUAUAUAUCUCGAGCUCGAUGACCGGCACGUGUCGCGCCCACAAAAUUACCAGAUAUCAAAUACACGCGCAUUAAUAUCCUAUCGUUUAAGCUAAUUUGUCCGCACUCGGAGAUGCGGCCUCGGAUAACGUAAAUACUCGCCUAUAUAAGUGCAACUCCUCGUUGCGGGCGUGAUCGCUUACGGCACGUGUGGGCUCGUGCGCUGCAUCGACGACGACGGCGGCGACGACACGUGUCCCAAAGAAAAGAGGAGAGCGUGCCGGCCGAGGCGUUAAAACGUUUUUUGCGAAGAUCUGCCGAGAGUCGGCGGCUAUUCGUUUCAUUGGAUUAUGUAUACUUUGACGCGCGUGCCGACGCCUGUGUACUACGGAUGCGUCUGUUUUUUCAGCCGUAUUAGAAUAAUCUCGUUUAAAUACGUUUUUAAAUAAUGUUAAUUACGCAUAAAUUGAUCGUAAAUUAAACAAUUAUUGUUGAAUUGAUAACUUAAACUUUGUUGAGAUUAGAGCAUUAAAGUCAGUGAAAAUCAACUGCAUCAGAAAUGAAAUAAAUUAUUGUGGUUUUUAUAAUACGUGAUUUACCUUGUACUCUUUGAAACCAUCAUUCGCUGGAUAGUUGACCAUGUAUGUAAAAAGAAACAUUUCAGCCUUCGUCGCUCUAACACGGUAUUAAAAAAAUGAAAUAAAU